AGGUACUUGUAGACUAUCUCUAGGUAGUCUCACACAGUCGCAGCUAAAAUGCAGACCAUGCUGAAGCAGCGCUGCCAGCCGGCCGUCGGCAAGCAGGCCAAGGCUGUGCCCGCUGUGGCCCCCAAGGUCGGCCGUGCCCGCAACGUGGUGGUUGCUCAGGCUGCCCCCGCUGCUGCCAAGGCCGCUGCCCCGUCGAUCUCUCGCGAUGAGGUGGAGAAGUGCAUCAAUGCCAUCCGCUUCCUGGCUAUCGACGCCAUCAACAAGUCCAAGUCGGGCCACCCCGGCAUGCCCAUGGGCUGCGCUCCUAUGGGCUACGUUCUGUGGAACGAGGUCAUGAAGUAUAACCCCAAGAACCCCGACUUCUUCAACCGCGACCGCUUCGUGCUGUCCGCCGGCCACGGCUCCAUGUUCCAGUACUCCAUGAUGCACCUGACUGGCUACGACUCCGUGCCGCUGGACCAGAUCAAGCAGUUCCGCCAGUGGAACUCCCUGACCCCCGGCCACCCGGAGAACUUCGUGACUCCCGGCGUGGAGGUGACCACUGGUCCCCUGGGCCAGGGUAUCUGCAACGCCGUCGGCCUGGCCGUGGCUGAGGCCCACCUGGCUGCCCGCUUCAACAAGCCGGACGUCAAGCCCAUCGUGGACCACUACACCUACUGCAUCCUGGGUGACGGCUGCAUGAUGGAGGGCAUCUCCAACGAGGCCUGCUCGCUGGCCGGCCACUGGGGCCUGGGCAAGCUGAUUGCCCUGUAUGACGACAACAAGAUCUCGAUCGACGGCCACACCGACAUCUCGUUCACCGAGGACGUGGCCAAGCGCUACGAGGCGCUGGGCUGGCACGUGAUCCACGUGAUCAACGGCAACACCGACGUGGACGGCCUGCGCGCCGCCAUUGCUCAGGCCAAGGCCGUCAAGGACAAGCCCACUCUGAUCAAGGUGUCCACCCUGAUCGGCUACGGCUCGCCCAACAAGGCCGACUCGCACGACGUGCACGGCGCCCCCCUGGGCCCCGAUGAGACCGCCGCCACCCGCAAGAACCUGAACUGGCCCUACGGCGAGUUCGAGGUGCCCCAGGACGUGUACGACGUCUUCCGCGGCGCCAUCAAGCGCGGUGCCGAGGAGGAGGCCAACUGGCACAAGGCCUGCGCCGAGUACAAGGCCAAGUACCCCAAGGAGUGGGCUGAGUUCGAGGCCCUGACCAGCUGCAAGCUGCCCGAGAACUGGGAGGCUGCUCUGCCCCACUUCAAGCCCGAGGACAAGGGCCUGGCCACCCGCCAGCACAGCCAGACCAUGAUCAACGCCCUGGCGCCCGCGCUGCCCGGCCUGAUCGGUGGCUCGGCCGACCUGGCCCCCUCCAACCUGACCCUGAUGAAGAUCUCUGGCGACUUCCAGAAGGGCAGCUAUGCCGAGCGCAACCUGCGCUUCGGUGUGCGUGAGCACGCCAUGGGCGCCAUCUGCAACGGCAUUGCCCUGCACAAGUCGGGCCUGAUCCCCUACUGCGCCACCUUCUACAUCUUCACCGACUACAUGCGCAACGCCAUGCGCAUGUCUGCCCUGUCGGAGGCCGGAGUCGUCUACGUCAUGACCCACGACUCUAUCGGCCUGGGCGAGGACGGCCCCACUCACCAGCCUAUUGAGCACCUGGCGUCGUUCCGCGCCAUGCCCGACAUGCUGAUGAUCCGCCCCGCCGGCGGCAACGAGACCGCCGGUGCCUACAAGGUGGCCAUUGCCAACCGCAAGCGCCCCACCACCAUCGCCCUGUCUCGCCAGAACAUGCCGAACAUCCCCAACUGCUCGGUUGAGGGCGUGGCCAAGGGUGCCUACACCAUCCACGACACCAAGGCCGGCGUCAAGCCCGACGUGAUCCUGAUGGGCACCGGCUCUGAGCUGGAGCUGGCCACCGCCGCCGCCGGCAUCCUGGAGAAGGAGGGCAAGAACGUGCGCGUCGUGUCCUUCCCCUGCUGGGAGCUGUUCGAGGAGCAGUCGGCCGAGUACAAGGAGAGCGUGCUGCCCUCCGACGUGACCGCCCGCGUGUCCGUUGAGGCCGCCACCAGCUUCGGCUGGGCCAAGUACAUCGGCCUGAAGGGCAAGCACGUCGGCAUUGACACCUUCGGUGCCUCGGCCCCCGCCCCCACCCUGUACGAGAAGUUCGGCAUCACCGUGAACCACGUGGUGGAGGCCGCCAAGGCCACCCUGCAGCACUAAGCGGCUCAUGGUUGGAAGGCGCCUGUGGUGAUGAUAACGCCGGCAUGUCCGCAGGAGCAGCAGCGGCGCGAGCAGUGGCUGCGGAUGCGGUAGCGGCGGCGUCAGAGAACCGGCGCCGGCGGAGCAGCGCGUUGCAGCGGUGUUGGGGAGGUGGAGAAGCUGGCACAGCGAUCAGACUCGCGUUUGCAUGGCGGCGUGGCUGUUGGGCGGCGCAUGUGUUGAAGAGACAUUGCGUGGCCCUGGCCUGCGUUGUGGAUGGGGUUGGAGCAUUUGUUGGUUGCGGCGGCGGCUGGGAUGCCCGCCACCUCGGUUCCACAGCAAUCUGCCUCGAGCGCACCCGGUUUUAGUGUGGUGUGCGCCAGGGCAGUGGGGUGGUGGGCAUUGCGCUGCGUGUAGGCACAGGAGAAGGCGUCUUGGUGGCGCGGCGUGGCUAGGUGAUGCGCCGGCGGCGCAGCAGCGCGGGACCAUCCGAGCCCUCCAAUCAUGGUGAUGGGCCGUGCUGCAACUCCGGACGAGGAGUGAGAGUGUGUGGUGUGGUUGGUUAAACUCGGGAGAAUAGUAGGACCUAUGAUAGAGGAGUCGGUGUAUCCGCUGAUUUUGAAGGGCCCCGCUUUUUUGCGGCGGGUGUCGAUAGUGGUGCACCCUCCCCCCUGCAGACGGAUGGGAUGCCAUCAGCCAUAUCGCCCUGCGUGGCUCCGUGGCGCGGUGUUGUGGCGUUCCGUUGUCUGGGGGCCUGGUCGAGCGUGGGGCGAAGAGCUCUGUCGGAACUGCAUCCUCCUGGCUCGAAUGGGAGUGUCCGGAUAAAUGCCUCGGAUUGAACGCCUGUAACGGCAGCAGGCUGAAUGGUUUUUGCUCCAUGAAUUUUCCAUUGGUGUUCAAC